AUGGAUGACAACAAUGAAACGCCGCCGUUCGAAAUAUUGGAAGCGGAGGAACUGUUUCAUGGCAAAUGGUUGUCGGCGAAGCAAGUGUUUUUCAGAAAGCGUGGCUCGCCAACGGAGUCUCCGCACGUUUGGCAGAUCCCUUACCGCAGCACCAGAUCGGCAGGUAGUGUAGUCGAUGGCGUGUCUGUGAUUGCAAUUCUUAAGAAGAGAAAGGGCGAGGACGGCAAUGACUGCAGCAAAAGCAUCAUUCUCGUGAAGCAGUACCGCAUACCGAUAAUGGCAUACAGUAUUGAGUUUCCUUCCGGUUUGGUGGACGUUGGCGAAACGCCGCUGGAAGCCGCGCAUCGCGAACUAAAGGAGGAAACCGGUUACACGGCCAGCAGACUUUUGAGAUCGACAACUGGCAUACAGAACUUAGACCCGGGGUUGACAAACGAUAGUGUCAACGUCUUCGUAUUUGAAAUCGACGGCGACAGCGAAUGCAACAGAAACGUGGUGCAAAAACUCGACGAAACUGAAAGUAUUGACGUUCUCAUUAUUCCCCUGUCAGAUCUUAUGGAGAAACUUCGGCAUUUCAGCGAAGUCGGCUAUCAGGUUGAAGCGUCACUUUACACAUUUGCGCUAGGGUUGGUAUUAAACGGCAUGCUGUGA